AAAAAAAGAAAUAAAAUAAGAAAUAAAAAAAACAAAAAAAAGGAAGGCGAGUCCAACUUCGUCUUCGGAGACAGAAACUACUGACAGUGACACUUCUACCUCUGAGUCUGAGGCUCAAGAAGACUCAGAGGAUUCAGGAAGAAAACACCCCAGCAAAAAGGGGAAAAAAAUGGACUCCAGAAAAAGAAAGCAGAGGCAAGAGGAGUCAGAUUCUGAUUCAGAAUCUGAAUCUGAACCAAGUGAUGAGAGUGAAGAAUCAUCACCUGCGGAGAAGGAGAAGAAAAAGAAAAAACCAAAAACAACACCAAAAGAAACACAACAAGAAAAGAAAAAAGUUGUUGUGGAGGAUUCACCUCCUGAAGAAGAUCAAUACUUUGACGGUGAGAGAUAUGAAAUAUCAAGUGACGAAAUCGAUGAAUGGCUAAGGGGAAACGUUGAUAAAUCUGCUGCGGAGGGGGAGAACCUAGCUGACCUGCAAUCGACAGAAGGUCGCUAUGUGUCCUCUGAAACACUACCGGCUGUGAACUUGGGAAGUGAUGAUCCUUCCUCUCAAGGACGCACAGAACAGAGUAGCGUAAACCAGCCAUCGCAGAGCUUGUAA